AUGACACCACCACCACUCGACAAAACCAUCGAUAACAUCAACAAAAGAAGAAGAAGAAAACCUCUCCCUCACGCGCAAGUCCGCACGUGCCGGUUACAAGCCGCGCGUGUGCUCUCCAAACUCCUCAAAUCCGCUCGGGAGAAAAAACACGGCCAAUCCAUAAAACGGUUGACGCUGGAUGAAAACAAAAUAGAUUUCCCAUCCGCGACGCACGCGAUCGUCUGCGAAACCGUGAAAGUUCUCCCGCUUUUAAAACUGCUCAUCGAAGACGUAAAAAUGAAAAAAAGCGUGGUUUUUGACGAUGAUUUUAUGGAAGAAGAUGAUGAACAAGAAGAAGAAGAAGAACAAGAAGAGAAGGAUGAUGAGAAAAAAGACGAGCCGCCAGGAGGAGAAAAAUCGACAAAAAUCAAAGCGUCGUUGGCGUACGUGUUGCUGUACGAGUUACUACUCUCUCCGGGAAAGAGCAUUAAACCACCACCAUUACCACCAGGCAUGGAGGAUGAAGAGCAAAAGAAGAAGAAGAAACAGAGUGACGUAACGACGACGACGUUAACAUCGGCGGAAAAAUUAAUCGUGAGCAAAACAGGGGAAUUGAAGAACCAGUUAGCGCGGAGAUUGAAGAAAGCGAACGCGCAAACGGCGUUGGAAUUUGUCGAGAGAAGGUUGCCGGAAAAAGUUAGGAAGAUUGUGAACGACGAUCCGAUGAGUAGAUUUGCGAGAGUGAACGCGAUGAAAGUGAAAGAUGUGGGCGUUCUCGUGAGAGAAUUGAGAGAGAGAGGCUUUACGUUUGAGGAGGAAGACGCGCAUUUAGGAAGGGGAGAAAAAGAACGCGGAAACGAUUGUCGAUACAUUUUAUUCGCGAAGGAUUGCAAUCGGAAGAAACUGAGCGGGAUGAAAAUGGUCAAGAAUGGAGAAUUGAUUUUGCAAGGGAAAUCGUCGUGUAUGCCCGCGCAUUGUUUGUUGGUGAAUGAAGAUGAGAGAGAUGGAAGAGAUGCUAUGAGCGCAAUUUUUGAGCGCAUUCGUCAAUCCGACGUUAUCGACGCGUGCGCGGCGCCAGGAAACAAAACGACCCACCUCGCCGCGUUGUUGGACAAAAAGAAUAAUACGUAUAAUCGAGGAGGGAAAGUAUUUGCGUUCGAGAAAGACCACAGACGAGCGCAAAGGUUACGAGAUACGGUCGAUUUAUACGGGUGCUCGAAGACAGUCGUCGUAGCGAAGAAGAAUUUUUUAGAGGUGGACGUGAACGACGCCAAAUAUCGAAACGUGCGCUCGAUUUUGCUCGAUCCAAGUUGUUCUGGUUCCGGGACGGUGCAAAACAGAGGAGAUGCGUUGAUGGAGUACGCUUUGAAAGACGGAUACGACGACGAUGAUGAUGACGACGACGGUGACGACAAUCACAGUGAUAAAAUCAAACGCGAGGAAGAGGAAGAAAACGAAGAAGAACAAACGCGAAAGAAACGCGUGAUGAGUUUACAAAAGUUCCAACUCGAGGCGCUUUCGCACGCCAUGCGAUUCCCAGGCGUUCUUCGAAUCUCAUACUCCACGUGUUCAAUCUAUCGCGAAGAAAACGAAGACGUGGUACAAAAAGUCAUGCCGUUAGCGGAAGAGUUGGGAUUUGAACUCGCGAAAUGUUUACCGAAAUGGCCUCGUAGAGGAUUCGCGGAGGUUUUGGGCACGACAGAGGCGGCAAAAGUCGUUCGCGUAAACCCGUUCGAAGGCGACGAUUGCGAAGGUUUCUUCGUGGCUGUGUUUCAGAGGAAGAAAGAGACGUGCGAGAAAAUCAUCGCGGCGUUUGAAAAAGAAGAAGAAGAAGAGAAAUCGAAGCGGAGGAACAAAAACAAACGAGAUUUGGAGUCCGAGGUUGUCGUCGUUCCGGUGCUCUACACCGGAAACGCGAAGAAGAAGAAGAAGAAAAACGGCGGUUCAAAGACGCCUUUGUUUCGCUGA